GACACCGAAGCGAACGGCAUUUUGAGCAAGACGACCCAAUAUGUCGGGCAACCAAAGACCUAUCGUGUUCAUGGACAUCAACAUCGGAGAGACCCCAGCAGGUCGAUUGAAGAUGGAGCUGUUCAGCGAUAUCGUCCCAAAGACUGCGGAAAACUUCCGUCAGCUCUGCACGGGCGAGUACAGAGUCAAUUCGCGGCCGCAAGGGUACAAGAACGCGACAUUUCAUCGUGUUCCGAAUUUCAUGUGCCAAGGUGGCGACUUUCUGAAAGGGGACGGAACGGGGACGUUCUCCAUCUACGGCGAUAAAUUCCCAGACGAAAAUUUUAUCGAAAAGCAUACCGGACCUGGCCUGCUAUCCAUGGCAAACUCGGGGCCGAACACAAACGGGUGUCAAUUCUUCAUCACUACCGCGAAGUGCGACUUUCUCGACGGAAAGCACGUCGUCUUCGGGCGGGUGAUCGACGGGAUGUUGACCCUCCGCAAGAUCGAGAACGUGCCCACUGGGCCCAACAACCGGCCGAAACUGGCCGUGAAGAUAGUCGAGUGCGGUGAAAUGUAAGCUAGAACGAUCCCAACCGGGACGAGAUGCCCCUUUUUGCUCGUGUUAUCCUUGUAAUAUCGAGUGAAAUCUCUCAGGAUUCUGCUUAGCGUUGGGCAUCAUAUAUACGCGCAGGACUAGCCUCCGCGCACGAGCCGAACCUUCUUCGUCCACUUACCUUGUCAUGCUAUGGUCUACUUUCUCUGCUCUCGACGGACCUACGUUCCCAGCUGUCAAUCACGUGGAUCAUUGAAUCGUCAUGCCGGUCUCCUCGGUCGCCGACGUCGUCGGAGGCUGGGCGAUGGGGAUGUCCUUCAGCAAGUUCAGGUGACGGACAGGCUCCUAAACCAUCCGCUCGUAUCGCGUUCUACUCCUUCAAUGCUAGAUUCUAGUAGAUGGGAAAGAUCUUCCUAAUAUGUAGAUGUAUUAUGUCAUGUCCC